GGCUGUUAAGCGAAAUGUCAUUAAACCAUCACCUCUUGAAUGAUUUCGCAGUUGCACUGAAACACCACCAUUUCGAGGAUCAGACUUCUGUCAGAUAAGUUUGCUCACAUCAUCACCACCACCAUCUGUUUCGAGCAGAUGUGGUGGAGCUUCGUCCUCUCCUCUCCUCCCCCUCCAGUGCACAAACUCGCCCUCCCCAUCAGAUGAGCGCACUGUGCAUCCUCUCUCUCACUCCGGACUACAGCGCUGCACCAAACAGGAGAGAAACACUUUUAAGAGACGCAAGCAGUUGAUUUUAUUUGAUCUUCAACAACGCGUCGGGGAAUCUUCUGCCCGGUGGCGCGACACGUUUCAGCAUCAUGAACUCUGCGUGCUUCUUCGUGCCUGUUGCUUUCCUUCUGUUGGUCAGCCCUUACCCUUUUGAUGCAGUCUCAACAAGAAGGUGUCAUUCCAUUUACAAGGGCUUUGCUCAGUGUCUCAUGGCUCUGGGUGACAGUCUGACGGACACGGCACGCAAGGAUGAAGACACACAUGAGAUCCAGUCAAUUUGCAGGUCAUGGGAUGAGUUUCAUGCCUGCGCCAAUGUGGCCAUGGUCGGCUGUCCAGAGGAAGCAGCGAGCGUCUGGGAGUCUCUCCGCCAAGAAUCCAAGAAGAUGCAGUUUUCAGGGAACCUCUACGACAUGUGUUCCAACCGCGACAGUCACACAUUAACCACAGCAUACCCGCGUGGCUCCCACAUCCAAGGGGAGCUCAACCAAGAGUCUCUAAGAGGACGAGUCAGUCGUUUGGCAGCCACCUACUACCUAAUCAUGCUUCUGUCUCCUCUGAUUUUGCUGUUUUGAACAGAACUGUCUCAAUAGAAUGGGACUGAUGUAAAUACGACAUGAACUUUGUGCAUUUUCGCCUCUAAAUUUUCUCACUGUCCCCCUUUUCCUAAACACAAGAAGAGAAGAAUGCAUGCUUUCUUUCUGAAUUUCAAGAAUCCUAUUUCUUACAGAUUUCAAAUGACACUGUCGUGAACUGCAACCGUAUAGUUGGGGGGGAAAAAAGGCAACCAUAUAUAUUGCCUGUCUUUAUGCUUUUGUAUGUCCCUUAAAGCUGGUCAAAAGAACAAAGCUAUGACCUGUAUCCAGCAGCCUGUUCAAGUUCAUCAAAACAGCAGACGACAGGGCGAUUACCUGUUACAAGCUUUUCACUGAAUCUUUUUCAAGACGAACUCCAAGGAUUAUCACAGCACUCGGAGGGCACAGCUUAUCCUGAUCUUUAAAGGUGCAUGUGUCAGUAUCAAGUACGUAAAGCAUGAUAGGCUAUACCUUAAUUAAACUACAAGGUUCUUUUCCUUCAUGCUCGGCUGAGCUAUCUAAUACCCAUGAGGUGGGGAUGAGUGUUCCGGUGCAACCACAAAUUGUCACUGUUCUCUGGAGAUUCCAUUCCAUAAGACAGACCCAUUUAUGAGCCAUCGCAUGAAAGUACUGGCUUGAUCGCAUCGAAUCCCCCUGGAAUUUCAAGCUGUCGCACACAUUUGAUCUCACUCAAUACCACAUGCUGUCAAAGGAUGUAAUUAUGCUCUUCACAAUUUGUUGUGACUUAACGUGUUGGUUUAAAGCUAUAGAUAAAGUGUUUUCGAUGUACAAUGUUUUACUGUUCCAAAUAGAAAUUCUCUUUACA